AUGUACUUGGUCACCGUGCUAGGGAACCUGCUCAUCAUCCUGGCCAUCAGCUCUGACUCCCACCUCCACACGCCCAUGUACUUCUUCCUCUCUAACUUGUCUUUUGUUGACAUUUGUUUCACCACAACCACGAUCCCAAAGAUACUAGUGAACAUCCAGACACAGAGAAAACACAUCAGCUACCCGGGCUGCCUCACCCAGAUCUGCUUUGUCUUGACUUUUGCUGGAUUGGAAAACGGAAUUCUGACAAUGAUGGCCUAUGAUCGAUUUGUGGCCAUCUGUCACCCACUGAGGUACAAUGUCGUCAUGACCCCCAGACUCUGUGGGCUGAUGGUUUUGCUGUCCUUCCUUCUCAGUGUUCUGGACGCCCUGCUGCACACUCUGAUGGCCCUGCGGCUGUCCUUCUGCACCGACCUGGAAAUCCCCCACUUCUUCUGUGAAUUAGCUCAUCUUCUUAAGCUCGCCUGUUCUGAUAUCUUCAUCAAUAACGUCUGUGUGUAUGUCGUGACCAGCCUGUUGGGGGUUGUUCCCCUCACUGGGAUAAUUUUCUCUUACAUUCGCAUUGUCUCCUCCAUCCUGAAAAUUCCAUCAGCUGGUGGAAAGUAUAAGGCGUUUUCCAUCUGUGGGUCACACUUAAUAGUUGUUUCCUUGUUCUAUGGGACAGGUUUUGGGGUGUACCUUACUUCUGCAGCUACUCACUCUUCCAGGAAAAGUGCAGUAGUAUCGGUGAUAUACACAGUGGUGACACCUAUGCUGAACCCCUUUAUCUACAGUCUGAGGAACAAGGACAUGAUGGGGGCUUUGAGGAAACUCAUCUCUAGGAUAUCAUCGUUCCGUUGA